CUCAUUUCACACCAGUCUCACUGACUGAUCAAAGAAGGUUGAAAAGAAAGAGCUUCUUCACAAGAAAAUUUUACGGAGACCCGAAAUUCAAUUCUCGUACGGGUUAAGAAUGACGAGCUUCUGUGAUUUGCCAAAGGAGAUAGUGGAGAAAAUCAUAUUAUCGGUACCUGCCGAUUCUCUGGUGCAGUUGAAAUUUGUAAACAAGUUUUGCUAUUCCCUUAUCUCGGCUUUCAUCAACGACCCGGAAUUUGUUGCCAAGCACCUCCUCCUUACCAAAAACCAGUCCUCUGCAUCCUUACUUUUCAGAUUGCCUUCUCCCCAUGUAGAUCAUCGCUUAAUCACAUUCCCAUUGUUGACUAUAUUCUAUGUUGAUGUUAAGAACGAUCAUUUUAUAUCGGUCACAGAAGCUCUCAGUAUACCACUUAUUCGAAAUGAAAGGUAUGAGGAUAUGGACAAAUGGGAGGAGGCUUACCACUGUGAUGGGCUCAUUUUGCUGAUAAAUAAUUUUGGAACGAUGGUAUUAUGUAAUCCUGCUUUGAAAGAAUCCAUGAUUCUCCCAGAACCAAAUAAUGCUAUAGCUGAAGGGUCUCCUUCCGCUAUGGGAUUUGGACUUGAUCCUGAAAACAACUAUUACAAAUGUGUAGCCAUUUGGUGCCAUGACAAUUGCAAAGUAGAGGUAUACACACUGGGUUCUGAUUCAUGGAGAGAAAUCAACAUGUCUGAAGACAUAAUGGAGACUAUAAUGUUUUCUCAUCUAUUCAAUGGUUUAUGUUGGAAGGGCGUUUGUUAUUGGUUGGUGCAUAAUCCAGAUGCUUUUGACUUUGACAGGGUCCUUAGUUUCAAUAUGAGUAAUGAAGAAUUCCAUCUCAUACAUUUGCCAAAUCUUGAAGAUUUGACUCUUGAUUAUUAUGGAUUCCACCUUUCAGUGUGGAAUGAUUCAGUUGUGAUGUAUUUGAGCUCCGACGGGGAUAACUCUCGUGAGUAUCAUUUAUUCCCAAUGGAUGGUGCUGAAGCAGGUGCUUUUUCUUGGACCAAAUAUUUGCAUGUUGGUCCACUAGAAAAUGUUAGCAGUGAGUUAUCAUUUUGGAAGAAUGAUGAGAUUCUAAUGGAAAUCUGGAAAGAUGGACGUGAACAGUUGGCGUCGUGUAACAUUCGUACCCAAAAGUUUAGAGAUGUUGUUUGUGAUCUAGAUAGAAUCAGAUUUAAUUACUGGGCUUGUUUCUAUGUGAAGAGUCUGAUUUCUAUUAGGAGGAGGUGAAGUUUGAUCCAAUUAGAGAUUUCAGCAGAAAGGAGGAGUCUCAAAGUUGGGGAAGCAAUUGAAAAAUACUAUGGUUGUUACUACCGUAUCUUUCAUGGUCUUAGAUGCUUAAACAUUUGUUGUCUUGGAGAGUGAUUUCAAUAUGUCGAAGACUUUAUCUCAAUAUAUAUUAGGAACCUAUAUGUAUGUGUGUGUGUGCGAGGAAUAUGAUGAUUCAAUUAUUAAGUUUACAGUGUGGUUUAGCAGCUGUGAUGUGGAGUUGCGUGAUUGGUAAAGCAAUUAUUGGUAAGGUGGUUGUUAUGAUGAAACCAUUUAUGUCAAAUGAUUGGCUGAGCUGUAAGGGGCUUGUACGACACUGGAGUGGCAAGGACAAGUUUGUUGAAGAUUUUAUUCCUUUUGCGUAUGACACCAAGUUUGCACGGGAGGGUAUUGUAACAGAGAGAAAAAUAGAGAGAGAAUUUCCUGUAUGGUGAGAAAGAGCUGAGAAAAGAAAAGAAAAUCAAAAACCCCUGUAAAAGUUGUGAGCUGAUUUUCUUGUAUUGCAGCUGUUGCCAUCAGCCUCUUGCAUUUGUAUUCUCUGGUUUAUAGUGGAUUUUGCAUGGUCAAGCCAGCAAGCUGGAUGUAGGAAACACGUUGUCUCUGAACCAGGGUAAAAACUCUUGGUGUUCUUCACAUUUCUGCACUAUAUUUUCUUGCUA